AUGUCGCAGGGGCACACUUUUCCAAGUCAAUGUUGCGUCAGUCGUGAGAGUUGUGUCGUCUCAUCGCGGGUCCACUACAGCACAACACAACACAACACAACACAACACAACAGGAGACGAGACAACACAGCACAACACAGCAUAAGACGAAUCCGCAAAUUGGGUUGCUCUAUCCGCAACAGGCAUUCCGACCGGUCGGAGGUAGGGGACAAGGGAACCGGACGCUUAUGCGGCAAUCCCAGCCAUAAGCAUGGCAACAUUUCACAAGACUACCUGACCCCUCUGGCGACCAGCCCAGGCAGGGUGAUUGUAUGGUUGGGAAAUCUCCUCCUCGCACCGACUGAUAGGUCAGCCGGCAGCAGCCAAUCAGAGCUCAGUGAACAGCCGUCUUGA